AUGUUCGCGUUUGUAACAAAAAAUAUCACAAGAGGAAAAUGUUGCGGCAUCGUUUGGUCUUCUAGCCAGCGGUCUGUGAGAUGUCUUUCAGGAACUCCAAAUUACUCCAGCAGCAAUCCUUCAGAGAAGUAUGAUAACCUGAAAGCUGUGAAGACACCAAUGCUACCUCCUAAUACCUAUAAGGGCAAGACAGCCUUUGUGACUGGAGGUGGAACAGGACUUGGAAAAGCCAUGACCACAAUGUUAUCUCGACUUGGAGCUGAGGUUGCUAUUGUCAGCAGAUCUGCAGAUGUUCUGAAGAGUACAUCAGAAGAGAUCUCCGCUGAGACUGGAAACCCUGUCCAUCCAAUCCCUACUAAUAUUAGAGAUUCUGAGGCAGUUAAAGCCUCAGUAGAUCAGUUUGUAGAGAUCUGUGGAGGUCUACCGGAUGUCAUCAUCAAUAAUGCUGCUGCCAACUUUGUGGCUCCAACAGAACGACUCUCACCCAAUGCAUGGAAGGCAGUAGUUGAUGUGGUAUUAAAUGGCACUGUGUAUACCACCCUUGAGAUAGGAAAAAGACUAAUAGAGCAAGAGAAAGGAGCCACUUUCUUGACAAUAGGCGCAACUUACGCAGCCCUUGGAUCUUCUUUUGUUACUCCUAGUGGCGCUGCUAAAAGUGGACUUGAAAACUUUAUCAGAAGUCUAGCAGUGGAAUGGGGUCGUUAUGGAAUGAGAUUUAACUGCAUUGCACCUGGAGUAAUUUACACAAAGGGUGCCUUCGAUAGACUGGAUCCUACUGGUCAGUUUGCCCAGAAGCUUAUUGAAUCUACGCCUACUGGUCGGAUGGGAGUACAAGAAGAGUUAACUAACCUUGCUUGUUACCUAUGCAGUGACUAUUCAAGCUGGUUUAAUGGUGAAGUGUUUAGGUUUGAUGGUGGCCAAACACUGCAGGCUUCGGGAAUGUUCAGUAGUUACCUUCAGCUCACCAAGGAAAACUGGGAUGAAACAGAAUCAAUGAUUAGGAAAGCCAAAGGCUCAUAGUACUUAAACACCAUCGCAUAUAUGACGGUCAUUUAUAAAGAUGUUCCAUCAACACCAACUUCAAUUUCCUUCAUUAAAACAUGUUAGUAAUAUAUAUUCUUAAAAAUCUGGGAAAAGUUGUCAUCUGAGCUCAUUGCAAGAAAGUCUUCACAUUUGUUUGAGGCCUUCCCUAUAUAUGAUAACAAAAUAAGAAUUUGUGAAUAUGGUAAGAAUUUUGUUAGAAUGAAAGUCUAUUGGCUUAAAUAUGUUAAAACAAGUAACAAGCCCAAUAUUUCUUUCUUUGAUAAAGAUAGGAAGAGUUAAAUGAUUGCAUUUGUGUAAAGGCAAUUCACUAAACCUUAUCAUGCAAUCAUAAAUCAUCAGUGUACAGUUUGCAUUAGUACCAUAACAAUGGUCUUGAAUAUUUUAAAUGAGUUCCAUUGUAUUACUGAUUUAUCUUCAAACUAGCCAUAGAGGAUAGUACUCCAAAAUUACGAAUUGUCAGACAUACAUCUAAAUUUCAAUGUGAAUUUUACAGUAUGAUAUUCUACUCUGAAAUGAUUUGAUGAACAAACGUAGGUAGAAUAGGGUCAUUGAAUGGUAAAAUGCCAACCCGUCCUCUCACAACAUGGUCUACCUUCAUUUAGUCUAAUGCCAUUCUGUCCAACACUUUGUU